CACGCGAACACGACGAGGAGAGCACGCAGAGUCACCUCACGUGAAUGGCACCAACGCUACGCGCUGAGCCCACCGUUCGCUUGACCUUCCUGUGCGUGACACGUUCGCGUAUCAUUGUGGCGCUAAACACCUCAAGAAGAACAACAACAAGAAUUACGUUUUUAACUGACUGUUGUUUGGGUUUCUUCAAUGAUGCGGCGAUGCAGCCAACUGAAUUGUUGACGUUUCUAUGGUGACACUGUAACCAAGGCAACAGUUCGUUUGCGUCGCUUCGUGGAGCCCGCGGCGCAAGGCACCGUGACCGUGUCGGUGUCACUCUGGUUCCUGGGUCCUGCUCCCCAGUCCCCCAACUCCACGUUGGAUGCGAGGACAUGGCUGCUUCUCCCAUGAAGGAGAGGAAGCGCUGCAGCGUGGCCGACUGGGAGAGCAGUAAUCGACAGCUGUGGGAGAGCGCCGAGCUCCGGAGACUAACAGCGCACAGGAUCCGGCAAGAGGCUAGACACCUUCGAAAUGACACCCUCAGUAAGAUGGAGUUGGACCAGAGCAACAGCUUCCAGCAUUUGAGUGACAGGAUCCAAGAAGUGUCUCGCUGGAAAGACAGGUUACAGUCGUGUGUUCAGGAAGUGAACAAAGAGAUUGAUGCACUCAGAAAGGUGAAGGAAGAGGCUGAGCAUGUCCUGGCUGCCUUGCUGCCGCCCCUGGAGGUCAGUGUGGAGUGCCUGUCCUUACGGGAGGGCCGGCGUGGUGGUGAGCUCGUCUGCGACCCUGUGGAAGCUGAGCUCAAGAAGGAGGUGGAGGCAAGCGAAAGAGCCAAGCGAGAGCUACAGCAGCACGUGGACAAGGCCUUCCAGCAGCUCUUCCUUUUACAGGAAGCUCGGCAGCAGCUCACCUACGAUCUACAGAACAAAAUGGAGGCACUGGAUGUAGACAUGCGUUGUCAAUCACUCACCGUGACAUCACCUGGCAUCUCGCUGAAGCUGAGUCCACUGUGUGUGCCCUUGGGGUCCACUUCUCCCCAGGAGUGGGAACAGUUCAGCCGCUAUAAUAUAAGCCGGGCUCAAGAGGAGACGCAGACUUCACAGCAGCUGAGGGAGGAUGUGACCCUCACCUUGGCCAAGGUCCAGAGUGAGCUGCAGGCUCAGCAUGCUGCCACCAACUUUGCCCUCCGCAAACGGUACCACAAGGUGGAUCAGGCCUGCAGUGAACUGCACUGGCAGCAGAAGACAACCAGGGAGGAGGUUGCUGAGCUGGAGCUGGACAUCUGCAGACUGGAGGAGGAUCUUCAAGCAAAAGAAGCCCCUCUGAAGCUGGUCCACACUCGCCUGGAGAACAGAGCCACACGACCUGGGGUGGAUCUCUGCCAGGAUCAGGUGCAGCAUGGACUGAUGAGUGAGUGCAAACAGCUUGAGGCCACCAUUAUGUCUUUGAAGAAAAAAGUCUCCCAAGCCCAACACUCCCUGCAGCUGCUCCAGCAACAGCAGACCUGUAUGGGCGAAGAUUUGUCCCGUAAGCUAGACACACUCUCCCUCGAGCAGCGAACCCUAGAAACUCGACAGCACCUACAGAAGCAGACCCAAACUGCACAAGGCUCUGACACUGUCCCACUGGUCAAGUUCAAAAAGAACUAUGGCCUUCACUCUGCACCCUUUCCCCAGUCUCUGUAAUAAAACUUGUUGCUUAUUUUAGCACUAUAGGCAAUCUUCUUAUGAUGGGAUUUCAUUUCAAUGACCCCAAAUACUGACUGAGACAGAAGCAAUAACAGAUAUAGGUGCCUGGUAGUACAAACUCCAGAGCCACCUGUACCUUCUAUUAGUUCAUUAUAUGCAUUGUUACGAGGUGCAUAUAUCCACAUGAACCAAAAGCACAGACGAAUGAUCUUAACUAUUUUCACAUCUUGACAUUCAGGGGCCUUUUCACUUCAUAGCAGUGAAAGGAACACCGAUGAACAUGAAGUGACAAAAAUUUGCUGAAAUUUACUCUGCUUAAUUUGCUGAAUUUAUUUAGUGGUAAUGAAAUUGUAAAAAGUCACGGUUUCCAUAAUAAAACUAUUGAAACACUUGUAGUAGCCCUAGAGCAGUGUGGAAAGAGCACAAUAAUUGUGUAGAAAGAAAAGCCCUUAAUUGCCACUGUUACAUUUUGUUAUGUACUUUGCUAAAAUUACUCACACUGGAUUUGUUAGGAGCAUAAAAACAUUGUGAUGAAAAUGCAAAUGUUCAUUUGGAUGUAGAAGGAAAUAAGGCUCAGUAAACAUGUUUGCGAUGGUUUUAUUGCUAAUAGAUUAUCUUUUCUGCUGAUGGCCUUUAUGCCUUUCGAUGUGUCUGACCAGUAGUAGUAAUUGACACUAAAUUGUACAAUAUUUUCACCUUUAUGAAGGGGGCAUCUUGG